AUGCCAUCCCCGGAAUCGCUCCCAAGCAAGAUGCGGGAGCUGGUCUAUAACGAAGACAGCCUCGAAGACUACCGGCAGUGGAGGGCCACUCAAGGCGGCGCGAUGAACCCCAUUAUGGAGGUCGAAACCGUCUUUGAUAAGCAGCGGGCCGAAUUUGUCAGGCCGCGACCAAGCAGAGCUCUGCAAGAAUGCCUUGCAUCCUUGGGCGAACCAGAGCUGGUGAGGGACAUCGAGGAAGGGAAAUAUGGCUGGGAUGUCGUCCUCCAAGCCCGCGAUGCGGUCCUCGACAAAAUGGACGGUGCAAGGAAUGCAUACAACCGAGCGGGCAAAAACCCGUUCCGGCGACUGGCGCGAGACGGAGCUACUAUCGUGGCGACGCUACAACCUCUCCUGGACAUGAUUCCGGAUGAGGACGGAUUAAGUGUCUUGAAGGGAGGACUUGGUUUUAUCUUCAAAAUCAUUGAACAACGCGAUACAAACAGAGAAAAGAUCUUUCGCGCUUUCGAAGAUGUGCCGAUGCUUCUGAGUAGGGCACAAGACGCACGCCAAAGCUUCCCCUCCGAGGGCAAGCUCUUGCUUGAAGUUCGGAGGUUUUACGAGGCCUUGCUGGACGAAAUACCGCUCUUGAUCGACUUGCUAUUACAUCGGCACAGACAGAAGUUCCCACUGAGAGUCUUCAAAUAUCUACCGGAACAAGAAGCUAAGGAUAUUGAUGACUCGAUACAUCGGGUGAACGUGGCUUCACGCUCUCUGGACAACUGCAUCACCUCUAUCAGUAACAAGACGCUUUCGGCAACAUAUCAAAGCGCAAAAGAGAAUCUACGACAAACCCAAGCGGUGCGGCGAACUGUGCACACAAACAAUUAUAGGUUGAGCCAGAUUGAGGAGCAGGGGAAUGACGUCAAGACUCAGCUCAGUGAUGUGCAGAAGUCGGUGGUGAAGACGUCGCAAGAGCUCAGCGAGGUCAAGGAACUCAUUCGAGACCAAUUCAGUGCCGUCGCAGACACUGCCUCGCCCAAGAUCGUGUCACAGAUUCAAACAUAUGUGUACUAUGUCGUUGUGGAGAACGAUUAUGCACGAGGCAUGUAUUGUGUGACGGGCGUUCCGCCACCAUAUACUCCUAGCCCACUCCUGCCAGCUACCUUUCUCAUGACAACGGAUCAACUUCUGAACGAACUAAAUGUAACCCCCCUAGGUCCUACCGAGGACUUGCAAACCGUACUGGCCCAGAGCAAAAGCAUGGAGAUAGAAGCGCUGGGGAGAGGCCGGUGGCUCAUGGUCGAAGAGGGCUUCAAGAAGUGGCUGUCUCCCGGGCAAACCGAAUGUCUGCUCGUUGACGGACAUUGUAAUGGACUGAGCAUCCGCCGCUGUUCCCCGCUAUCCGUAUUCUGCGCCUCUUUAACGGUUGCCAUGGCCCGAGCACCCUCGACCGUGUCUCUCGCGUACUUUUGCGGCGAGCAUUUCGCGGAUGACGACGACCUCGCGGGCCCGGCAGGCAUCCUCCGCAGCUUGGUCACCCAGUUGCUUCAAUAUCCAGACCUACCAGAACCGCACCUUGAAUUCAUCGACCCAGACUUCUUCAAGCGCAUCUCGGGGUACAACGUGUCCUCGUUAUGCACCCUCCUCCAUCUACUAAUCAGGCAGAUUGAGCGCGGCACGACUGUCUACUGCAUGAUCGACAACAUCUCCGAGCUGGAGGGUACCUUCAAUGAGUGGGCAGAUGACUCGCAGCUCAUGGUCGAAGGACUCUUGGACAUAGUCGAGGAUCCGCGCGUGCAUGCCACGUUCAAGCUCCUGAUGACCUGUGAGAUAAGGAGCACGGAAGUGAUGAACUACAUAGCCGCGGACAACCACGUGGCUCUGAGAGCGGGAAACAUACACAGUCGACCCAUGAUGCUGACAGCUUUCUCUGAUGACCUGCUGGAUACCGUGGGGCCUGAUGGCCGCCGACAUGAUGAUUUUGAUGGUGACGGGCCUGCGAGCCCGGGAUCGAGUCCCAUCCGGCCCAAGAGUGCUGCCGAGUGA